AUGUAUCGCAAUUAUCUCUGCGUCGAGGUGGUGAUAUUGUUACUGCUGUCCCACGUGGGUUGGAAUGGGCCGUCGUCACCACGUGUUCAGCCCUGCUCCCGCAGCCAGUCUCGCGUCGCCCGCCAGCUAGUGCGCCGCAAGUUGACUGGCGUGCUGCAACGUUACCGCGUGCCCAUGAGCCCCGACUGCCCGUUCCACCCGAGCCGGGACCUUUACUGGUGGCCCCAGGGCCCAGCCGCGGGAUCUGUGGGCUCGGCGUCCCCCGGUUGGAAGUGUCCCAUGUGCGGGAGAGGCUUCUUCUGCGAGGACAAGCUCACCAGCCACUGGGAUCAGGAGCAUGCACCCGAUCUGCCCAAGGUUGACAAUGGUGUGUGCUUGGCCGACUACUGUGACAUUCUUCGUUGUGAUGUAUUGGGUCACAAGCUGGCUGUCUCCGAGGUGGCGCCACCACCACGACAGCAGGCCAGGACAGAUCCGAAGUGUGUGGGUUCAACCCCCACUGACGAUCCUCGGUGCUCUUGUGAUGAAAAGCACAUGCUGGCCCUCCAGCAAAAGUGCAGGAUUGUAGUACAACAGUGUGUUAUUGGACUGCUGUCAAUCCUCUCCGUGAAAGAUUUUCAAGAUAUCGAAGAAGAGCUCAACAAUGGCAUCUGCUCUUAUCUCACAUGCAAUAAGUAUUGGGAUGACACCUUGAUUGAGGAACGUCAGAUACCACUGCUAUUCAGUGUCAUCAUUGGGAUCAUUCUUGUCGGAGGGUUUUGCCUCUGCUACUAUAUCGUCUGGAUUCUUUUUGACAACCCACCCUAUGACGAAGUGUACUGCAACAGCCGGAUGCAGUUCUCCAGCUUUGGGCUGGCGCAUGGGGACAGCAACCAGGGGACCUUGCAGGGGGGCCCACAGUGCCACUGCCACUCACACCUGGCAGCCAUGGGCCAAGCCGCCUACCACGCCCGCAAACACUGUUCCGGCCGACGGUGA